CAAUAAAUAAACAUGGUAGUUUAAGGGGGCGGAGCGAAUUGGUAACUACUUGGCAAAAUGAUAAAAAAACAUUAUCUGUAUUUUAUAUCCUUAUAAUACAAUAGUUUAAUUAUUUAGUGUAUGUGGCAGCAAACCGGUAGAAUUUACUAAUUCUUACAUUUCGGAAAAUGGCUAGUGCAGAUAGAAAAAAAGUUGCACUUAUUACCGGCGUAAAUGGACAGGAUGGUUCCUAUUUAGCAGAAUUCUUGCUAAACAAAGGCUAUGAAGUGCAUGGCAUUAUUCGCAGGGCCAGUACCUUUAACAACAGCAGAAUAGAACAUUUAUAUGGGGAAUCAUAUGCUCGUAAAGGUGGAAAGUUUCAGUUGCAUUAUGGUGAUAUGACCGAUUCCAGUUGCCUUGUAAAAAUUAUUAACAAAGUCAAACCUAUAGAAAUCUAUAAUUUAGCUGCUCAAAGCCAUGUUAAAGUUUCUUUUGAUUUAAGCGAAUAUACUGCUGAAGUCGAUGCUGUUGGUACUCUUAGACUUUUAGAUGCUAUCAGAACCUGUGGCCUCGAAAAUUAUUCAAAAUUUUACCAAGCUUCCACCAGUGAACUUUAUGGUGAUGUUAAAGCCAUACCGCAAAAUGAGGAAACCCCUUUUAAUCCUAGGUCCCCUUAUGCAUGUGCCAAACUUUAUGCUUAUUGGAUCGUAAUAAACUAUAGGGAUGCUUAUAAUAUGUUUGCUUGCAAUGGUAUUCUUUUUAAUCAUGAAAGUCCUAGGAGAGGUGAAACAUUCGUUACUAAAAAAAUAACUAGAGAAGUGGCUAAGAUUCACUUGGGCCUCAGUGAAUGCUUGGUUUUAGGAAAUUUAAACUCUAAAAGGGAUUGGGGACAUGCCAGAGAUUAUGUCGAAGCUAUGUGGAUGAUGCUUCAACAAGAAAAACCAGAAGAUUUUGUCAUAAGUACAGGCGAAACCCAUAGCGUAAAAGAAUUUGUUGAGGAGGCUUUUAAGCAUGUAGGCAAAGAAAUUGUCUGGGAGGGUGAAGGGCUUAAAGAAGUGGGCAAGGAAAAAGACACUGGAAUUAUUAGGGUUAGAGUUGAUCCCAAAUAUUUUCGACCUACAGAUGUUAAUUUUCUUCUGGGUGACUCAAGUAAAGCUAAAAAGGCUUUUGGUUGGACGCCCAAAGUUUCAUUUCUCGAGUUAGUGAAAGAAAUGAUGGUAGCUGAUAUUCAGCUAAUGAAGCAGCAGAAAAAUACAUCCCUUGAGAGAGUCUCUUAAUUUUCUCCUUGUAUUUUUGUAUGCACAAAAUGGUAUUUGGUAAAUUGCAACUUAAAACUCUAUUUAAGUAUGUUAAGCUACUAAGAGGUAUUAAAUAUUGAUAAAAAGGGACUAUUGCAUUUAACAAUUAAGUUAUUUUGUAAAUAUACGCUAAGAUUACUGGAAAGUUAAUUUAUAAAAAGACUUAUAUUCCAUUAGUAAAGACAUUUCUUGAGAGUUACUAUAAUAGAUUGUAUGAUUGGUUGUAAUUUACAAAUAAAUAUAUUUACAGCUU